AUGACCGGACGAGAGGCGGUGGACAUCAUCACAGGCGCAAAGGCCAGUCCACACAACGGCGACUACCAUCUCAUUCUCAUGGAUCUGCAGAUGCCUGACAUGGGCGGUACAGAGGCAGCGAUCGCCAUACGCGCACACGAAGACGCACAACGCGCCAAGGAGUCGCUGAGACCACCGGCGUACAUUGUGUGCAUGACAGCGAACGUGCUCAGUGACCAGGUGGACGAGGGAAUGGCGGGCCAGAUGGAGGCCUACAUGCCCAAGCCACUGCGCAAGCAGGAGUUCAACCGGCUGAUGUUUGAAUUCUCCACUGUGCUCGUUGAACGGUUUGGCCAAACAACGGAAACCGCUACGGCCACUGCCGAUGACCUCAACACCAACAACGACAACCACGACAACAACAAUAAUAUUAUUAAAAAUAAGAAUGAUAGUAAUAAUAAUAAUAAUAAUGUUAAUAAUAAUAAUAGUAACAAUAAUAAUAAAAUCAACGUGAAUAGUGCCGUCGCCACACCUCAUCAACUGACCAAACAGCCCAGUAGAACCGCCACAGAUACAGCCAGUUACGCCAACACUCGGAGGAUCGCCCCAGUGGCAGCGCAAGACUUUGUGUUCCCGAAGGGCCUGAAUGUGCUGUUGUGCGAAGACAACCAAAUCAACAUCAAGGUGGCAUCUGCCUUCCUCACCAAACUGAAUGCGCCGCACGUGGUCGCUGUCAAUGGACUCGAAGCGGUGGAAAUCAUCACCGGCGCACGGCCCAGCCCACACAACGGCAACUAUCAUCUGAUCCUCAUGGACAUACAGAUGCCUGUCAUGGAUGGAACCGAAGCCACCCUGAAGAUCAGAGCGUACGAACAAGCACUCAAGGCCCAGGGGGUGACGCAUGCGCCGAUGUUCAUUGUCUGCAUGACAGCUAACGUGCUUAAGGAUCAGGUAGACGAGUGCAUGUCAGGCAGCAUGGACGCCUACAUGCCUAAGCCACUCCGCAAGAAGGAGUUCAACCGGUUAAUGGAAGAGUACACGCUGGAGCUCUUGAAAAGGUUCGGCUGUCCUGAUGCUGAUCCUGAUAUGGCAAUAGCUACCCGGUGGUAGGCCGCCUGUAGGUCCCACAGUAUAUAAGUCUGGUGCUGUUCGAAGAAAACUUAUUCCGCAGUAUAUAUAUUAAUGUGUGUGUGUGUGUGUGUGUGUGUGCGUUAAUUUCUUUAGGCAGUGCGACGCAUGGAGUAACCACAACUGUGGUUAAGCCAGCCCCACAUCACCCAACGCUAUGGUAUCGAAUAACCACACAAACGCUGCGCAUAAACUCAGGGCCCAGUCACAGCUUAGCCUUUGCCGCUGCGCGAGAUGGGAAUGGUAUGAGCGCAUGGGCUGUCGUGAGGACAGCCCCAUCCACAGC